UAGCGCUGCGGUUUGUAGUAAACUGACAGAAGCCGACUUGUUGGAUCACUGUAACACAUUGUUGCUUAAAUUUUAUGAUGAUAUGAGGAAAAGCAUUGGCCAAGUGGUUGCAGGAAGUUGGUUUGUCGUUCCUCUUGCAGUAUGAAAUCAAUGAAAUCCCGAAAUAUCCCUGAAGAUGGUGUUUCUGUGCGUGAACGUCAACAGGUCGUUGAACUGGUCGAGAUGGAGUGUCUGUUUCAGAAAGGUGCCGCUCUAAAGAAUAGUACUUCAUGUGCUGAUGCCAGGAAUUUAAAUCCAAGAAUAAUGCGUAAGAGUUUGAGCAUGGAAAAGCUGCAACCUAAUAGCCACAUUACUUACAUUCCGUCAUCAGAUAACAUUGCAAUGAAACAGUUGAGUAUAGAUCGUAUCUAUUUUGGAUCCAACACUGCAGAAGUAGACAUUGAUUCAUCGCCGGAAAUAGAAAAUCUGUCUCGUCAGACAUCACAUAGCUCGGAGCAAUCAUAUUCUUCAGAAAAUGAGAAUUUUGAGAAUACUCAGGCUAAAAAACAUCCACACAUUAGAUUUGCAUAUUCUGAAUUCGAAGGUGGCCGGUAUGUGCCAAACAAAUCCCCCUCUCGGUUCAGUAAUUCUCACAGUUCAUUUGAUAAUCUGGAUGAUUCCUUUUUAAAGCAAAUUGAUAAUACACGACGUGAUGCUGUCAUGACCUUAUCUCAAAAAAGAGAAAAAAAGGCUGAGCUAGUUAGGAAGAUAAGUGAAAGGUCACAAGAUGAAACUAUUGGGAUCUGUAAACUGACCCGGUAUAAUUUAAGCAUGUCAUUUCAGAAAUUUAAAGAAGCCUUUGGAAGUGUAUCUUAUACAUUAGAACUAUGGUAUAGCAGUCUAAAACUAAUUGAAGGACAUUUUGGUAGUGGUGUUGCAUCCUACUUUAGAUUUCUACGAUGGCUAUUUUUGUUAAACCUCACAACACUAAUCAUCAGCUUCAGCUUUUUGAUUUUACCUCAGAUGCUUUUGCGCUUUUAUCUUAACUUUAAUGAGGUGCCAGAGGUUGCAAAAAAUGGUGGUACCUACUUUGAGAAAACUUUUUUUGAUAUUGCAGACUCUAAUGGUACUCUUCCACCACCUCUUACUGCUGCUUCUCUUAUUCAAAGGAGCAAUCCAUAUCAUGAAAAUGAAAAUUUUAGUUGGACUGAUAUUUUUACAGGAGAGGGCUUUCUUACAAACACAGCAAUGUACUAUGGGUUUUAUAAAGCAGGCACUGUUGAACUCUUUGAGAGUUACCUCUAUGAUGUGCCAAAUGCUUACUUUUUUACCAUGUCUAUUUGCUACGUCAUUAUUCUAAUAGCUGUCUCAAUGAGUAUGGCAUCAUCAUAUCGUAAGACCUUCAUUGAAACUAGAGGAGCUCAAAUGGGCAGCCUUUCUCUGAAACUAUUUUGCGGAUGGGAUUUUGGGAUUGCUACAGAAGAAGCUGCCUCUCUGAAUAGAAAACGUUUGCAGAAUGAAAUAAAGGAAGCACUAAACGAAAUUGAGUUCCAGAGCCGAGUGUCAUCUUGUCUCUCACGUUUUACGAAUGUAACUGUUCAACUAGCUUUGAACAUACUGUUUUUCUGUCUAAUGGGUGGAAUAGCUGUACUAAUGUGGGACCUGCUGGGUAGACACUCAGCACAUCUCUCCAGUAAAUCUGCUGGUGGUAGUGGUAAUACCAUGAUAAUGGCAGUGAUUACUUCUGUGAUAAUGAAUGUACUACCCAUUUGUUUCUCUUGGAUUGUGAGGUAUGAAGAUUAUAAAAAUCCUCGGACAGCGCUGUUUGUUACAUUACUUCGAACUUUCCUCUUGAAUAUUAUAGUCAUUGGUACUACUGCAGUAUUUUGGUUGACCCACUCACAAGAGUGCUGGGAAACUGCCCUUGGUCAGGAAGUUUAUCGUCUGUUUGUUAUAGACUUCUUAAUUUCAAUUUUAUUAAUGGGACUUGUUGAGACUGUGUGGUCUUGUAUUCAAAGAAAGUUUUGGAAAGAACAUGGACCACCUGAGUUUGAUAUUGCCUGGAAUACUUUAAAUCUAAUUUAUAAUGAAACACUCUUUUUAGUAGGAUUUUACUUUAGUCCAUGGCUUUCUGCUGUAAUAGUUAUCAAACUAUUCAUCACAUUUUACAUAAAGAAGGCAGGAGCCCUUUGUAACUGCCAACCACCAAGAAAGUCUUGGCGUGCCGCUCAAACUCAUACUUUGUUUUUGAUUCUCACCUUCAUAGCUCUCUUGGGAGUAUUUUUAGUAUUUGGAUACAUUAUAUUCAGGGUUUCACCUUCGCAAUGUGGUCCAUUUAGUGGCUAUUCCUACAUGUAUGAAGCUAUUCUGAACAGAAUAUUCCAACUGAAAAAAGAUAAUUUGUUCUGGCAAGCCGUCAUGUACUUGGCGAAACCAGGAGUAGUUGGAGGAAUUCUUAUUGCUAUGAGUAUAGCAACUUACAUUCUAAGAGCAAAGGCACAUGCCCAUGCUAUUGAGGCUGACAUUUUAAAUAAUAUGCUCGUAAAUGAAACAAAAGAUAAAGCAUUUCUCUUCAAAUACAUUAAAAUAGUAGAAGAAAUGAAUAAAAAAAAAAUAUCUCCUGCAGUAUCUAACUGUAGCCCAUUUCACACUCCAUUAGCUGAGAGGAGGCUGCUAAAGAGGGCUUCAAAGGAAAGGCAGUCAUUUCUUGUGACCCCUAGGAAAGGUGCUAAAAACUUGAUUGAGCAAAAGAAGUUUCAUUCCACUGGCCAUAUUACACAAACAGGAUGGAGUUUCAGGCGCCCUAAUGUGAGAACAAAUGACUCUGAUGAACCAAGCACCAGUUCAGGUGGCAGUACUAGCAGGACCACUUGCGAAAUUUCAGAUCCAGAACGGUAGCCCUUAUAGUACCACUUCAGUAUCUUUUUCUCUGGAAUGUGAUUUUUAGUCAUUUAAUAGAAUGUUACCAAAAUACGAUUUCUUGAAUGUGAUAUUAAUAAGGUUUAAUAAAUAGUAAACAUCUUUAAAGUAUGAGGUUA